AUGGAACGGGAGAUCGCAGAGCUCCGGCGGCGGCUUGCUACUGGUGAUCAGUCGCAGUCUGUAGAAGCCAAUGGCAGCGACGAGCUCUCCCAGUGUUCCGAGGAUGUAUUCUGUCCUCCUGAUGCGGCAGUUGCGAGCAGAGCGCGGCCGCUGUCGGCGCCGUUGGAGCCUCAGCCUAUGGCUACCCCUUUGACCAUGCACAGAGAUGGGUCUAUUCUUUCCCAAGAUGAUAACCCAUGGAGGCUGGAAGAUGUCUCGCUGUCCAGGACAAGGGUUGCCCGUCUGUUUGAACAGUUCUUCAAGUACUAUCACCCGUUUCUUCCCCUGUUGAACCCGCAGAAGCCUCCGGAUGAGUAUCUGCGCCGCUGUCCUUUGCAGGCUUGGUCUAUUAUCUGUGUCGCUAGCCGACGAGCGCCCUCGGAACCCGGCCUCCUCAGCGCGCUCUCGGGGCCUUUCAGCAGACUGCUUUGGUCUACCAUUACCGGAGUUCCCCAAGACUACCGUGUGGUCAAGGCUCUUUGCCUUCUCUGUACCUGGCCAUUGCCCACUACCAGCCAGAGGACUGAUGCUACCUUUAUGCUGAGCGGGCUAAUGAUGCAGAUAUCCAUGCAGCUUGGGUUGCACCGUCCAGUCCAAGCGGAGGAGUUCACCACUUUCCGGAUGGAGGUUCAAGGCGAGGCCGUCAAGGAUCGUCUGCAGACGUGGGUCAUUUGUAACAUUGUGGCUCAGAACGUCGCCACCGGCUACGGACAACCUCCGUCAACCAUCUACGACUGGGCACUCGAGCCCGCAUCGCUUCGAGAUGCAGACUAUCACCCUUCCGAAGACCUCAAGACUCGACUGCGUAUCGAGAAGUUCUGCGACCGUGUGACUAAAGCACUAUACAGCAGCAAGCCGGACCCGGUGGAGUUCAUUAGCUCAGAGAAACUGCUGAUUGUACAGCUCUUGGAGAAUGAGCUUCGGGACAUGGAGGUUGAAUUUGGCCGCGAUAUCUCCAACAUUAAUAUGAUCCAUCUACGAGCAGCUGAGCUGCAUCUACGAUACUUUGUAUUCCUAGGCUCUAGUGCACGAAGUGAUGAUCUGACGAAGCUAUUCAUCGCUACCACAUCGUUCCUCGGUCGUGUGCUCGACCUGGAAACCUUACCUGGAGAGCUUAUCGGGCAUGCCACCAACUACAUUCUGCAGAUGAUUGUUUCCGCCGCAUUUGCCCUUAUGAAGCUGCUGAAGAGUGAAUUUCGACGCCACAUUGACUUUGAACAUGGGAAACUGUUGUUCAAUGGAGCCAUCUCGGCUAUCAGGAGAAUUAGUGUCAUGGACCACGACCGUCCAGUGCGCCUGGCUGACAUUCUGGCGCAAAUGUGGAAUGCUGGUAGCCCCGAGGGCCCAGCAGGAGAGGAUGCCCUGCAGCUGAAAGUGCGCUGCCGGAUGAGCAUGAGCCAUGUUUAUGAUACUGUCUGGCGUUGGCGCCAACGAUUCCGCCCUAUGAAGAGCAUUGAGGAUCCGCAAGCUACUAUGGCGAACCCUAGUGUUUCCGCGACGGCCGGUCCUAUGACUCGGCAGCAGCAGGAAGAGGCGCUGGCGGACCCGGGAUUGAUCUACCCACCGAACUUCGACCAAGGGGCCUUUAUCAGCGAAGCCGGGUUUUCGGAGGUCUUCGAUUCGCUCAACUGGGUCUUUGAUGGAAUUCCGGACACGUUUGUUGCCCCCCCAGUCAUGAUGCUAGAGAGUUCACGGAUCGGAGUAGUAAUUGUGUCACCCAAUCUGCCACCAUGCAACGACGACGACGAUGAUGAUGGUGGUGGUGGUGGUGAGAGAAAGAUACUUUCAUGUCAGUACUACUGUCGGGAUAGGCCCGACCCGAUCCAGGGUAGUACCACAAGUAUAAGCACCAUCAUCUUCUUCUCUAUCGUCACGAGACCAAAUCCCAAAGAAAAGAUCAGGGAAAAUAAUGCCUUCAUGCCACGCGACGAAUCGGGUGAUGAAACCCAAGGCUUGCAGAUGCCCAGAAUAGACGACCUCCAGGACGGACUGCCAUUCGAUCGGAAGGGUGAGCGGGGCGCCCAUCCUAUCUGCGGUUACAGCAAGUAA